AUGGUUCUAUUAUUGUAUCCUAGGUUUGCUAGGAUUAAAAUUGUAUUCUUAUGUUGUAUUAUACUUACUGUUCUUUGUUCUUCAUUAUAUUUUGACUUGGACUCCAAUACGUUCUUAUCCUCUCCUUUGCGUUGGCUUAUCAUAAUAUCUAGUAAAUUAUGUCUAACUACACCUCGUCAUGCGUAUGUGAUAUUACCUGCCAAUAGGCUUAUAUCAAAUUUUAAUUUUUCUUUCAAUCAUGUUUAUCAUUAUAAUGGAAUCGCAUAUGAUUAUUACUCAAAGAAUGAGCUCGGACAAUCAAAACCGGGUGAUCAAUGGAAAAUCUGGCCGCUUCCUGCAGCGAAAGAUCAACUUCAAAAUACUAGCUCAAAUAUUGACAUUGAAAUCUCUCCACUGAUUGUGUCCAAACUUCCAUUUGUCGAUAUGAUCUAUGUAGUGACUAAUUCACGUUUGACUGAACGUCACGCCAGCUUGAAAGAAGUCUUCAAACAGCAAGGUAUUUCAAUGAAAUCAAUAGAAUGGAGAAUGAGAUGGAACUUGACAACAUGCGAAUCGAAUUCCAGUUUUUCUUUGGUUUCGAAGAGAUUAAACUUGAAUGGCAAACCUUUAGGCAAACAACAACAGCGACAAUGCCCUAUAACAGCGGAGCAUGUUGAUAUUUGGUAUGAAAUGGCAAAGCAAAAUGUCAGAUUAGGUUUAAUUCUCGAAGAUGAUGUUAUUUUUGUGCCAUUUUUCAAAGAGAAGCUCACAAGAAUGAUAUAUGCAGCUAUUCAAAGUGGUGCAUUGCGCCUUGAUAAAGAGUGCGCUGAAUCCAAUCAACUUCUAAAAACAGAGGAUGAAUGGAUACAUCAGAAUCCAAUGUUCGUUGUGGGAUCGUGCUUUAGUCUGUAUGGUAAAUGUUUCCGAAAGCAUUUUUUAAAUGCAUCGCCACUUUUGUCAACGCAAAAAUUGUCACCGUCCCGAUGCACUCAUGCUUACUUGUUAACGUCAUGCUCAGCACAAGCUCUAGUGGAUCAACUAAGAGCACAAAAGAACGAUUUCCUACCGCCUGAUAUUUUACAAAAUGUGUUGUUUCCAUUAUCUCCGACACUUCAAUCAUUCUGGAUAGAUCCUCCAUUAGCAUAUCAAGGAAAUCAAGUGACUGACUUUUCGAACCUGUCAACUUUUAGAGUGAAAACGUAUAUGUAA